AUGCAUCAGAGAAGGAAACUUGGAAGAAUGCUGCUGAUUACCACAGUGUUACUCUUUUUUGGCUGUGCAGCAACUCAGAAGGUUAUUCAGUUGUCCUAUUGCUCUAUUGAUGAGAACCACCUCAGGAUGGACUGCAAAUAUGCGCUUCCUGCUGAGUCACCUGAAGCCUUCUGCAAGUACACACAGGGCGAAAGGCUUCUGGACACCACCAACCCCGACGAGGAGCAGCACGCCCCCUUCAAGCACCGGGCCAAAGCCCGCAUCUUUCCGGGCAACAACUGCCGCCUGCUGUUUAAAAACCUGCCCAGCGGCAAGUCCAACUUCACCUGCAACAUCAAGCUGCCCGACUCGGCCACGGCCACCAAAACCUCCGUGGUCGAGAAGAAGCUCCUCCUCCCCUGCUCGGCGUGGAGUGUCCUGUUACAAAGCUGCGGCGGCCUCCUGCUGACACUGGUGACACUUCCUGUGCUGGUGGAUGUUCUCUGGCUGUGA